UCUCCUGUCACUUGUGAACAAGACCGCGAGAUAAUUGAACUCUUUCACCUGGGGCAGCAACUCAUCCCCAAGGUAGUUGAAAAUCCGACUUGUAUGACUUAGGAGAGGAUUUUUACUGUAAUUAAUGUUAGGAACAAUCAGGACCUGCAGAAGUCAUCCGACUAGAGCAAAAAUCCAAUUUUUGUGACUUCAACUUAGGCGACGUUUAGUGUACUUCACAAGACCACUUUAAAAAAAGAAAGAAAUAUGGUCUGGCUCAUUGGCUCAUUAAAUCUCUCUCCCGUGCAGAGAUUAUGUUUUAAUGAAAGAGUUUUCUCUGUUAAUCUAACAUCUGUCCUUAGCUUCAGGAAAAAAACUGAAACUUUUGCAUAUCUGCUGUGUUUAAUUGCCUGCAAUUUCUUAUCAGACUUGGAGCAAGAUGGUUUUUCCAAGAACCCGUUCUUUCAUGUGGUCAUAGCUGAGGUGCCAGAACAGCACAGAACCAAAGAAGGUCACACAAAGAUCGGCUACGCACUUUACUUCUAUUCCUACAGUUCAUGGAAAGGCAGAUCCAUUUAUAUGCUGGACUUAUACGUGAUGCCAGAGUUCAGAGGGAAGGGCGUUGGUAAAGCACUAAUGAGCAAGGUGGCGCAGCUGGCUCUGGCUGCCGGCUGCCACCAGCUCAACUUCACUGUUGCCGACUGGAACAAACCAUCUAUGGACUUCUACCUCAGCCAGGGCUGCUUCGAUGUCACCGCUAGCCUGGGCUACCACUGCAUGCGCUGCGAGGGGGAGGCGCUAGAGCACCUGGCUCAGCCUUAACCCAAGCCUCGUGACCUUAUGACCUUUGCAGCCAUGAGGUCAGCCGACACACUGCAGGGAUGGACGCCACUCAGCGGCCUCUUUACAAAGCUUUUUUUUUUUUUCAGUAAUGAGGGUCACAUACAUGCUGCAAACUUGUUUUCAUUUUACUGACUUUUUAAAGUUGCAAGAAAUAUGCCCCCACCACAGCGUUAUAUUUUGGAGGAGCAACCUCCACUGGGGGUCUAAAGGUCUGUGCAGACAGGCUCAGAGUGCAACGGUCAUUAAAGAUGGAUGUAAUAUAGAUGUGUGUAUAUACAAAAAUUGCAUAAAAUUGAUUUGCUAAUUUAGUUGCAGUAACAGACAGUGGAUGCCCACUGAAUCCCACUUUAAGCCCUGACUGUACUAAUGUUUUCUGUUUAGGUGUUGAGGCAAAGUUAAUUAAAAAGUAUUGUCAUGUUUUAAUAUAAUUUUAGUACUACAUUAAUAUAGCUUGAGGCUCUGCAACUUUGCUGGUAGAAAUGUCCUUCAAUGAGGUACUUUUUUACUUUGAGUUCAUUUCCGAGCCUGUUAUUUAUUUACUCAAGUAUCACUUUUACUUGAGUAAAUAAGUUGAAUCAGUACUUGAACUUUUACCAGAGUAUUUCUUUAGCAAGUAUCUGUACUUGUACUUAAGUAAAGAAAGUCUGUAAAUUUUCAACCUCCAGACAGAGCAAACUACAAACUCAUCCAGGUUGUUGGCUGUGCAGAGCAGCAGGGCAACUGUAGCUGAACUGAACAGAGAGUCCAGAGUGUGGAGAACUAUAUCGAGCAAACAAAGAGUGAAAUCUGGAGCACAGCAACUGAAUCAGACGGGUUUCAGGCCUGAAGAGCAGCACUGAGGAUGUAACGAGCUGCAGACUGAACGGUGGAUGAGAGAGGCUGCAAGAUGAUAAACUUUUCUACUUUUAAUAUAGUUUAUUAAAAUGUUUUCUUAUUUUGUUGAAGCCAGCUGUGAGGUCAGUUUUAAAUGCUGGCAGUGACUGGUUCAAUCUUUCAAAGUGAGCGCUCUGUUUUUUUUAUAUUGUCUUUAUUUUAACAUAUCUGAUCCCACACUUUAACCAAAGCUCUUAAAACAAACUCUAACUGGUGCUAAACUAACAGUGCCAGUAUCAAUACAUUUGCAAGUGAUUUCUAAUUUUGAAAAGAAUAUUUCCAUAUGCAGCUGUCUUCAUCUUCAUACUCAAUCCUGUCUUCUUUCAGAAUUAAAUA